AUGUUCCGUCAAAGCAUUCGUCGCUUUGGUACUACGGCCGUUCGUGCCGCUGCCGAGAGCAGAUCCGCAUAUACCUCUCGGGUGUCCACGGCACAGGGCGUUGUCAACGGUCUGACAGAAGCAAUUGGCAACACUCCUUUGAUCAGAUUGAAGCGCCUAUCUGAAGAGACUGGAUGCAAUGUGCUGGGCAAAGCUGAAUUUCAAAACCCUGGUGGUAGUGUGAAGGAUCGGGCCGCGUUAUUUGUCGUCGAGGAUGCCGAGAAGAAGGGACUACUUCGGGCUGGCGGUACUGUUGUUGAGGGCACCGCCGGUAACACCGGUAUUGGUCUGGCGCAUGUGUGUCGGUCUAAGGGCUACAAGCUGGUGAUAUACAUGCCCAACACACAGUCUCAGGGAAAGAUUGACUUGCUCCGAUUGCUGGGUGCGGAGGUGUACCCGGUCCCCGCCGUCGCAUUCGACAACCCCGAGAACUACAACCACCAGGCCCGCAGACACGCUGAGUCUCUGAACAAUGCCGUUUGGACCAACCAAUUUGACAACACCGCCAACCGCCAAGCCCAUAUCGAGACUACUGGACCGGAACUCUGGGCGCAGACCGGUGGUAAGCUCGACGCUUUUACUUGCGCUACUGGUACUGGUGGUACCCUCGCUGGUAUUACCCGUUAUCUCAAGGAGGUCAGCGAUGGUCGUGUCAAGAGCUUCCUGGCUGAUCCCCCGGGCAGUGUGUUGCACAGCUACAUCCAGAGCGGUGGCACUCUUGUCGACCGCUCGGGUAGCAGUAUCACUGAGGGUAUUGGCCAGGGUCGGGUAACUGAUAACCUGAAGCCUGACAUUGAUCUUUUGGAUGGAUCCUUGAACAUCAGCGAUGAGAAGACUAUUGAGAUGGUUUACCGCUGCCUGGAUGAGGAGGGUCUCUACCUGGGAGCUAGUUCCGCCAUGAAUGUGGUGGCUGCAAAGGAAGUCGCCGAGAAGAUGGGCAAGGGCAGCACUGUCGUGACUAUUUUGUGCGAUGGUGCUUACCGAUACGCUGAUCGUUUGUUCUCCAACACUUGGUUGGAGAGCAAGAAUCUCCGCAGUUCUAUCCCCAAGCACCUGGAGAAGUACAUUGUUCUCCCUUGA